AUGAGCGCCAUUCUUUCAGCAGACGACCUCAACGAUUUCAUAUCACCAGGUGUCGCGUGCAUAAAACCUAUAGAGACGCUCCCCGUACAACAGGCAGACAACUCGAACCCAUACGAAGUCACAACUGAAGAGAAAGCCGCCGCCUCAGAACCGCCGCCACCCGCCUCGAUAUCGCUUACCGAUUGUCUCGCCUGUUCAGGAUGUGUGACAAGUGCGGAAGCCGUAUUGGUUUCGCUGCAAUCGCAUACCGAGGUCCUCACAACGCUUGAUACCCACCCGUCGUUACGCGCACCGUGGCUGGCACACAAUGGGACGAAUGGACAUACGAAUGGACACACGAGCAAUAGGACAGAGAAAGAUAUGAAUGGGCAAAAUGCUGAAGGAAAGCUAUUCGUCGCAAGCGUCUCACCACAGUCGCGCGCAAGUCUGGCAGCUGUCUUCAACAUUUCCGAGGUAGAGGCUGGAAACAUGAUCGCGCAGCUCCUUAGUGGACCUUCAGGCCUGAGGUCUGGCGGUCACCAAGGAAGCGACUUCACCUGGAUUAUCGACACCAACGCGAUGCGCGAAGCCUGUCUCGUUGCCGCAGCAGACGAGGUCACAAAUGCACUCUCUCCCGAAGCAUCUAAGAUUACACCAAAGCCUGGAUCCGAGGGCUCAAUCGAUACGACUCCAAAAGCUCCUAUACUCACAUCUGCCUGUCCGGGAUGGAUAUGCUACGCAGAAAAGACACAUCCAUACGUACUCCCGCAUCUCUCGCGACUCAAGUCGCCGCAAGCUCUUACCGGCACUUUGAUCAAGUCGGUUCUUAGCGAGCGUUAUAACGUGUCGCCAUCUCAGAUAUGGCACCUCGCCAUCAUGCCAUGCUUCGAUAAGAAGCUUGAAGCUAGCCGUGGAGAGCUAACAUCAGCUGCAUGGCUACCUAGCUAUGACCAGUCGCAAGAAAAGAUUCGCGACACCGACUGCGUAAUCACAGCUCGCGAACUCCUACAUCUCGCAGCGGCCCGUGGCAUCAACUUCGCCUCCCUUCCUCGUACACCACUUCCAUCUAGCGACCGAACGCCGUUCCCAGACCCAAAGCUAGAUGCAUUCCUAUUCCCUUCUUCGCGCCGGAAGAACCAAAGCGCAGCUGCCGGCCCAUCUGGCGGAUAUCUACACCACAUACUGCAAACCUACCAAGCUCAAAACCCGGGAUCUUCAAUAUCGACAGUUCGAGGGCGCAAUGCUGAUGUAGUGGAAUACUCAGUAGUUCGUGGCUCAGAAACGAUUAUUAAAGCAGCACGAUUCUAUGGUUUCAGAAACAUUCAGAACUUAGUACGGCGACUGAAGCCAGCAAAAGCCAGUAGAUUACCGGGCGGCAAAACGGGUGUUAGCAGGAGACCAGGUGGUGCAGUCGCUGCUGCGGGUGAGGGUGUAAAGGACUAUGCGUACGUGGAGGUCAUGGCUUGUCCCGGUGGAUGCACAAACGGCGGUGGUCAAGUCAAGGUUCAGGAAGUGGAAGAAGUGCGCGUCUACGAAGGGAUUCAAGAGGCGAAUGAAGAUGCGCCCGCGCCCAAGCCAGGCCCAAAGGAGCAGAAAGAGUGGCUGGCAAAGGUGGACGAAGCCUACUUCUCGGGUACAGACUCGGAAGAAGAGAGAUCAAACGGGGACGGCGAUCAACACAUGACAAAUGGGGAGGCGAAUGGAAACUCUCCUGACCAAGAUGUCGUUGAUGGGAUAUCGAGGUCACGCAUGAAGCAGCUCAUGGCACAUUGGGCUGAUAUCACGGGCGUCGAUCAGCAGAAGCUGAUAUACACUUCGUACAUCAAGGUCGAAAGCGAUGUUGGCAAGAAGAAGCCGAGUGACAUGGAACGUGUUGCUGGGCUGGCUGUUACCGCCGGUGGUGGAUGGUAA